AAAGCAAGAAAAUUAAAGAAUAUUGGUUUGUGUGUUUGUUUCUGUGGAGGAAAAAAUUUCUUCAUUAGAUAAAAUUAAAAACAAGGCGAAUUCAUUCAGGAAAAGGGAGAUUUGUGAAUGCAGAAUAUAAAAAGUUGGUUUUAUAUUUGUCAAACUUAUAGUGUGGCUUAUUUUCGAAAUAUUAGUGAUUCGUCUUUUUGCCCCAAUUAGUGUACAUAUUACAACGAAUGAAUUGUAAAUUUAUUCUGUGUAAUAUUGUGGUAUGCCUUUCCAAGGUAUAGAAGAAAAAUAAGGGCUGAACCCUAAUAUGGCAACGAAUGACAAUGAUAUUGAAAAUGAUGUGGUUACAGAUUUCAUAAAUUCCAAUAUCUCUUCAAAUACUGAUCUCAUAAAUUCUAUGAAUGAAUUAAAUUUGCAAAAUCACUUACAAAAUACCAACAAGGGUCUUUUAACAAGUCAACAGCGUCCCUAUUGUGAAAGCCAAAAUUAUUGCAUUCCUAUUAUUAACACUCCACCAGUUCUCUCAGCUAAUAUCACCACCAACAAUAACAUGAUUCCUACAAUAAAUGUAACGCCUCAUAGUCCGGCCUCAGUAACCAAAUAUAACAACAUUUUCGAAGACACGCUUAAUCAAUUGCAAAAUAUACGUGAGACUGUGGUUCAAAUGAAAAAUUGCAGUGCUCACAUGCACGAUGGCUUUAACAGCUUUGGACCUAUUCAUGCUGCUAUUUUAAGCGCCUCUUUACCAGAUCUUAACGCUGUAAAUACUAGCGUUAAUGGGACACAUACCGCCUGUCAUUAUGUUAGAUGGAUGCCGCAGCAACAGCAAUACGUUCCUAUGAAUGAACGUCGUAGAUCCUGGACUACCAUUGACGAUCUGAAUAUAACAAAUAAAAGCAUCAGUCUAUCCAGUUUAGACAGUGAAGAGCCUGAGACGAUUUGUGCUACAGAUCAGCGCCGACGAUCCGCUAGAAAUAGCACUGGAGGCAUAUCAACACAUUCGCUAAAUGAGGCAGAGUUGGCUCGCGAUUUUCAGCGUAUUGCAGCAAAGCGUAAUCUCGCAACAGAAGUUCGGAUUCCAUUGCAAAAAAGCAUAUCUACUUCAUCGAUUGUUGCUAAGGAGGAGAUAAAAGCACGCCAUCUCUAUGACAGUGAGGAUGAAAAUCAAAGUCUUUUGCGUGCUCAUGUAAAAAUUGAGGCGUACGAAAAUGUCGAGAAACGCCGUAAGCGCGGAUCUCUCUUUUUUCGCAAAAAAAAAGAUAAGGGCAAGGUGAAACCAGGAGGGCAAACUGGAACGUGCGAUGCAUGUGGUAGUAACAUAUCAAUGUUAAAUAUUAAGGAACAUCAAAUGGAAUGCAAAGGAAAAAAAUCAGGUGCUGGUAGUGGUCAAAAAAUGAUAUUAGUCGGCGUAAAAAAGGGUUCCGAUAAAGCGGAAAUCGGGCAAGAUUAUUACGAUGGAGUUGAUCAAGCCGGAAAUCUAAACGAUGAUAGUCCCUUAAUCCGAUCAGAAUUUCUUAACGACCCUCCCAUUGAAGUACAAGAUCUCGGUGCCGAUCCUAUACUGGGAAUUGCAGCUGAGGAGCAUGACUCAUGGUCGCCAAGCGUACCAAAAGAAGUAUUGAAGUCGCUCAAGGAAAAACAGAUUAAAAGACAGGAGCAUAUUUAUGAGUUUAUCAUGACUGAAAAGCAUCAUUGUCAGACCCUGCUUGUUAUGCAAAAGGUUUUCGUUGAAAGCUUAGAACGCCACUUCCCCUCACUAAAUAUUAAUUAUAUGUUUCCCCGUUUAUCCGAAUUAACCGAGUUACAUAUAAGCUUUCUGAAAAAACUGCGUCAAAAGCAAAGGGAGCAAUAUGUCGUUGACAGUAUUGCUGAUAUAUUGCUAAAUUUUUUUUCUCUGGAAAAAGCGCAGCAUCUGAGAUUGGCAUAUGGUGAAUUUUGUGCUAACCACCGGACAGCACUAGAACAUUUCAAGGCGUGCAUGACCAGUCGUGACCAAACGUUUGCUGAGUGGUAUAAACAUUGCUUAUCUAACCCACUGCUAAAAAAGAAAGGAAUACCAGAGUGUAUACUAUUUGUUACACAGCGCCUUACCAAGUAUCCUUUGCUAAUUGAGCCACUUCUUAAAAGUGCUCGGGAGGAUAAGUUGGAAACAGAUAAGUUGCAGCAUGCGCUUAAUCUUGUAAAGGCCUUACUUAUAGACGUUGACGCAUGCGUUGCAGAGAAAGAGUUACAAGAAAGGCAACUUGACAUUUUCAAUCGCGUCGACCCGAAAUCGUUCACUAUUUAUAAAAAUAAGCCCUUCCGCAAAUCAGACAUCGGUGUUGAAUCACGUCGACGUCUGAAAUUUGAAGGGCUUGCUACUUUAAUGCAAGGACGCUCUAAAAUGCAGUUGGUAUUAGUUGUUGUACUUACCGAUUGUCUAUGCUUUCUUUGUGAAAACUCAGCUCAUAACAAGUACACAUUCUUUACACCAGAACAUAAGGCAGGCGUAGUGCCAUUACAAAAGUUACUUAUACGUGAGAAAGCGGGAACUGAAGCACGAGGCAUCUAUAUAAUUUCUUCAAACCCAUCUUUUCCAGAAAUGUACGAAUUAAAGGUGCAGCAACCGAAGGAUAAAAAUACCUGGAUUCAGUCAAUACGGCAGGCUGUGCUGGAAUGUCCAUCCUCGGAUGUAAUUGAAACUGAAGAUCUUACAGCCGAGGAAAAGCUGCGUAUUGGAGUCAGCAAACGUGACCUUAUUGAUAAGAUAAGACAGAAAGAUAUUGAUCAUGCAAUUUUACUCGAGGAUAAGAUUUUUCUCCAAUUAAAUUUGCUUAAAGAACAAAAGCAUUUUUCUGAAGUGAAUGUUUCAUGUGGACCGAAUAACAGCAGUUUUAGCGGCAGUGGUGCUUAUGUUAAUGGAAGUACUGCUAAUGCAUCAAAUUUUCUUGCUACUUUUGGUUCGUACAAAGAUUUGGUUGGUGUGGACUGCAAUACAGCAGAAUUGUGGAAAUUUGUGUUGAACAUGGUGCAAAGCAUUAGUCAGUUGGCCGCUAUGGUAUACACGGCAUCUACUGGUUUACCGGUAUCGCGUUCUGUAAGUUCGGUUGGUGAAAAACAAAGUGAAAAUUAUGCGUCACCUACGUUACCUAAACGGGCUGAAACUUUUGCUGGUUUUGAUGAAAAACGUGGGAAAAAUAACUUUUCAUGUCGCGAUGCUUCAAAAAUGUCAGCACUGCAAACACUAACACCGCGUCUUCAAGAACUUGAAGAGAAACUUGAUUCAAAAACUACUGGUUCAUCAGUGGUCGCUUUGAAGUUACAAACCGCAGCUAGUGAAACGCAAUCUACGAGCGGACAUACAGCGACACUUGGAAGUGAAGAAGUUGCUAUCAAGGACCAUAAUUAUGCCGCAUUACAAAUAUCACAUCACCUUCAUACCCUGCUUUGUAUAGUAUCACAGCAAAUGACGACCAUACACAGCUUGCAGCUGCAGUUGGCAUUGUAUCGAGAGAGUCCGCGCGGCGCUUACACUCAUAAUGAUCAACUAGAAGAACUACGAAAUUUGCAAGACAAAUUACAAGAAGAAAAGACUGCGUGGCUUCGCCAGAAAGAGCAACAAGAGCUAGAAUUAAAUGAAAAACAUUCGCAGCAAAUAAAACUUCAAGAACAAAUCAAAGCCGAACAGGAGGAUAUCAAACAACAGAGAGAACAACUUUAUCGUAAAAUGGAGUUACUUUCAAAUCAGGGAUUGCUACUAUCGCCAAACACUCCGUUGUUGAUUAAUAGCCCUUUGCCUGUUGCUCCCUCUUCUACUGAUGAUACACACGACAGUCAUGACAGUACACACUUACAAAGCGAUUCAUCAACGCCAACUGCAUUACCACAGAGCACUGUUGAUCGACGGAAAGACAAAUGGCGGACAGCUUCGACAAUCUCUAAAACUCCGCCUGUUAAUUUACUUAGCGCUAAUAAUGCGCCAAAAAUAAACCACACUGGCAUUAAACAGAAAAUUCCAAUGAAAUUGUCUUCCCUCUCGUCAAGCACAUCUUUAGGUUCUUCUGGCAGCAGUAAAAUAGACAAAUCAGCCAGCUUCAAUGCGAGCGCCUCACAACAAAUGAGUUGCACUCAAAUGCUGCCACUCAAGUUGGCAGAUAAACGAUCGUCUACAUCCAAUUUUAGUACAUCACAAAAUACGCACCAAAUCGUUCCCCAACACGCACGCACUGGCAGUUCGCCUGCAAUUAUUCAACAUCCCAAUACAAGAACAGCAACCUCACCACCACCAUCUACUGUGAGCGUAAACCGCACUGAUUCCACGUCUACACUCACUUUUGGCCAGCGACAAACCAACACAAGUACAACACCAAUAUCCUCGCGUAUUCCACAAACAUUGUCGACGUUGGAGAAUAGCGGUGGCUCGUCAAUUGGUACAAAUCCAUUUAACCUGCAUAAGAAAAAUAAUAACACAAAACCGGAUGAAGAAGAAAUUUACUUCUGACGCCCAUUUUCGCCAGAAAUUGAAAUUUAAGUGUAAGCUGAAAAUACAUUCCACUAUAUGUCUAAGCUCAAAAACGAAAUCUUACUAGCGUUUAAACUAAAUAAUCUAUUGUAUGUGCUUAGUAGCAAAGUUGACAAAAUACAUGUUCACCAACGCAUUUACAUGUAUCCCUACUUAACAUAUGUAUGUGCAUAUGUAUAUUGUAAAAAUCGGUACGAUUAUGUAUAUUGGAAUUCACGUAUUUGAAAUGUGAUGUUUGAAGAUUUUGGUUAGCUUGCAGUAAUAAAAGCAAAAUUAUUUAACUUAAAACCAUAUAAAAUUCCUUUCACGAAUUUGCGCAUUAUUGUUAUUAAUUACUAAGUCACAUUAUGUUUUUUUUUUUUCGUAUUUUAACUAAUACAUAAUAAAUUGUAUAUACAGGGUGAUCCGAAUACAGGUAUCUUUUUUGAGCUACAUUGUUUUGACAGUGAAACCUUUUUAUCUCCAAAAUCUUCCGUCAGCCAGUAUCAUACCUGUGCGUAACGAGAAUGAAUGCCCUUACGCUUGAAUAACGUUAUGAAAAAUGGCAAACUCAGUUCCAAAGUAAAUGCUGUGUAGCCCACAUCGCGCACUUAUUAAAAAGAAGCUGUGAACGAUGGACACUGCGAUUUGGCGGCUAUGUUAGUAAAUAUAAUUGGUGCAGAGAAAAAUGGUUUGGUAUGAACUUUCUGCUGGUGGCAUGAUUACGAAGCAUGAGUUUUCCGAAUUUUCGUCGGUGAUGUAAUUAAAGAUCGAUUUCAUAUGGAUAUUCCACACAUAAUACUGAACCUUACGCUGAAUAUCGUUUGAGCGGUGCAUGAAAUAGAGUUAGAAAGCAUUAACAACGUUUUUUAUUCUGUUUCAUUUUUAUACCCGCGCACUUGUGCCCAAGGAUAUUAUAAUUUUGUUCUCUUAACGGUUGUAUGUAACAGCUUAAAAUAAUAAAACGUUCAUGAGGCAAGUUUUCAACCGAUGUACGGCCCUCUUUGAACGAUUUGUAGCACUGGAAAACACGUGCACGCGAUAGAGCAGAGUCCCCUUAGGUUGUCUGCAACAUUUUUAAGGCGUCUGAAGCAGAAAUUUUAAUUUCAAACAAAUUCUUUGAAUUUGAACACACUCGAGCUUGACUUGUUUACAGUAGCACAGAAAACAAACUAUGUGACAUAUCACGCUGAAAUUUGCCAUGUAAGCUUAUAACAGUCCUACCAAAAAACAAAAAAUUUAUUUUUGCCAUAUGUCAUCCGCGGACCGUUUUAUUGAUAACGUCUCGUUCAUAUUUGAGCAGAAGGUAUAUAUAGUAUGUACCGAAAUGUACAGAAUAAGAAGAGGAGUCGAUUCGGUCAUGUGUAUCCAUCGGUCUGUUUGUCCGCUCGGCGCACGAUAACUCGAAACUUGGUACGCGUAUUACUCUUUGAAUAAGAGAAGAUUACGCUUUGGAGGUAAUGUUUAAGCCUUGCGUUUGGGUUUAUAUGGUUUUUGUUGUAGAAGGAACUAUGCUGUUAUAAAACUGAAAUUAAAACAAACAAGAAAAGUAAAACUUGGUAAUAAAUCGCGCUCCGUGUAUGUAUAUCAUUUUUCGUUUAAAGUUAAAAAUGUUAAGAACACAUCAAGAAUACGUUUUGCUGUGGGAAAUUUUACAAGAAAAUCCAGAAUUUGGGCAGGGUUACACCGAAUAUCAAAAAGAAAAGGUGGAUAGAUAGGCUUAGGAAAAAUUUUGCAGGCCAGCGUUCGGUGCAUUCGCAGAAUUCCUAAAUUUAGCUUUAAGAAUGCAAAAUGCAAAAAAAUAAUUUGCAAAAUAAAGCUUUUCAGCUAACAUUUAUUUGAUUACUUCGGGUCAGCUGGUGUAGAAAUAUAAAAAAUUUACAUUUAAGUUUUACAGCCCUUUUUUGUAGUCGCAGCAACAAAUUCAGUGACAUUGCUGAAUCACCUUAGUAUUUGGACUACCCUGUAUAAGUGUUCUUGGCAUUUAUGUAUGUUUAAAAUAUUUAUUUAGUAUAUUUACUGAUUAUUUUAUUUUAUAUAUCUACUGAUUAUAUAUUAUAUUUCAGUAUAUCUUUUGAUUAUAUACAAUGAAAUACAUACUAAACAACAAAAUGGUAUGGCAUUUUUCUCGUAGGCAGGAGUGAGGGCUGUUACUCAAACACUCUUAGCUAGUGGACAUAACCUCAAUUAAACGUGUAUUUACUAACUCUCGUUUAGGGUGUUUAGUAAGCUAGUUUUUUUGGUAUUGGGUUUCAAAAUCAAGUCCUUACAUAUAAAUACCACAUGCUUAACUAAGAUUGGCCAUGAUUGGUAGGCUUAUAGAAUUGUGACGAAUUAUGAACAUUCGCGACACCUCAAAACUCGAAUGACAGAUGACAUGGCAGAAUUUGCCAGAAAAUACAGGCUUGCCUCAUCUAGAAAUUAUGUUAGAAUUAAGCACAAGUAUAUAAGCCGUCAUGCGUUGCUACUUCGUACUUAAUAGACGAAUUAAAAAAACGAAUUAGAAAACUUUUAAACAAAAUUACUUUAUUCAUUUUUUAUCUUCACGCAAACAGAUAAAAACAUUUUUGGUACUUCCAUUUAGGACAUAGGUAAAUGGAAAAU